UUUAAAUCUUUAUGAGUAAUAAUUUGUUCAACGUUCUCAACUUCUCUGAUACAGAAGAAGCUCCCGAAUAACAACAAAAAAAGAAUAAAAAAAACAACAAUAAGGAGUAGGUCAUCCCUGCUGAAUAAGUAGUAAAAGAGAACACUCAACAUCACAAUCCCGCUCCUAAGACUAAGGGAGUCCCUGCUGAGCCACACCCUAAAGACAGACAAUCUGGCACUGGCAGAGGCAAGGAAUAAAGAAAAGAAGGCGGUGGCAGAAAUAAUUGGGGAAAUUACAAGGAUGACUUGAAAGAAGAAAAAUAUGUGGCAAAAGAAAAAACCCCAGUUGAUGCACCUUAAGAAGGCAAAACUGAGUAGACAACUCAACCCACUUAACCACCAGCCCCAGAAAAGACUCUUGCUGAUUAUUACUAACAAAGAGGCGCUGUAUCAAUUUAUUUAUUAUCCUCAGAAUGUUGAUGAAGUCUUAAAAUAAGUUGAAGUCAAAUAACAAGCCCCAAAGAAACUUGAUGAAGAAGCUUUAAAGAAAGAAAAGCUCUUUGUUGUUAAAACUAGAGAAGAUGAGAAAAGAGAACAAGAAUCAAAGUAAAAAAAAACAAAAUAAUAAUAAUCAAAUUACAGAUCUGAAUUGAAUACUUAAGCUGCUGAGUAUUUGGGAUUUACUAAUUAAACUCAAGAAAAGAAUGAAAGAAGAGGUGAAAGAGGUGAAAGAAGAUAAUAUGAAUAACCUUAAUAACAAUAAUAAUAAUAACAAGAAGGAGAAUAAUAAAAAGGAGAAAGAUAAAACGAAUAAUAAGAAUAAGGACAAUAAAGAGCUGAAAGAUAAGAUAGAGGUGAAAAAUAAUACAGAGGAGAUAGAUAAUACAAAGGAGAUAGACAAUAUAAGGGUGAUAGAUAAGAUAGAGGAGACAGAUAAGAAAGAGGAGACAGAUAAGAAAGAGGAGACAGACAAGAAAGAGGAGACAGACAAGAAAAAGGAGAUAGAUAAGAUAGAGGAGACAGAUAAUACAAAGGAGAUAGAUAACAAAAAGGAGACAGACAAAACAGAGACAACAACACAAGAGAUUAAGAAAGGGGAGAUAAGGCUAGAAGAGGAGGUGAUAGAUAAGAAAAGAAGCCUGUAUAAAGAUAAUAAGUAAUUUCUUAUAUUAAUUGAGUAGGAAUAAGGAAUUCAAUUGGAUGAUAAGGAUUUCCCAGCUCUAUGAAUGUGAU